CGGUUGAACUGUGAACUUGCUACCUCAUCACUGUGUGUCGAGUACGUGUGGACAACAAGCAACUGUUUUACCGCUAGCAGCCAAGAGAGGUCGCAUUUGCAGCCUGUUAUGUUAACAGUGGUACUGUGAAGACACAGUAAAUAAGAUCAAAGACUGAAUCGACUGAUAGAAACAAACAACGUUCCUUUGCUUUCUAUCGUCAUCGGCAUCAUCUCAGGGACAACAGAGAGCUGGAGUUGUUUCGCCUUUUUACAUUUGAUCAACGCUGCCUCUUCGACUAACUGACAGGAACCCACUGCUAAUAUCAGCAGAGAAGAUGGAUACAACAAGUGUGUCCAAUGGAGCUGUGCCCGCGUACGAAGUGAAGGAGGAAAACCUCAGUCCUGAAGAUCUAUCUGAGAUGCUUGCAGCAGGUACCAAACAGGUCCAUGAAAAGGCUGAGAACACACAGUUUGUCAAGGAUUUCCUCAAAGGACGCAUCCGCAAGGAACUCUUCAAGCUUGGUGCUGUGGCACUCUACUACACUUACAAGGCAAUGGAGGAGGAGAUUGAAAGGAACAAGGAUCAUCCUCACUUUGCCCCUCUGUAUUUUCCUGCAGAGCUCCACCGCCACACAGCUCUGGCUCGUGACCUUGAGUAUUUUUAUGGCCCAGAAUGGCAGAGUCAGGUACACUGCUCCGAGUCCACUCAGUGCUAUGUGGACCGCAUCCACAAAGUAGGGCAAGAGGACCCAGUGCUGCUAGUAGCCCAUGCUUACACCCGUUACAUGGGAGACCUAUCUGGUGGACAAGUGCUGAAGAAGGUGGCACAGAGAGCCUUGAAACUUCCUCCCACAGGAGAGGGGCUGGAGUUUUAUCAAUUUGAUGCCAUCCAUAGCGCCAAAGCGUUCAAGCAGCUAUAUCGCAGUCGGAUGAACGAACUGGAACUUGACAUGGAAACAAAGAAGAGAGUCGUGGCUGAGGCUGUGAAAGCCUUCACUUUCAACAUGGAGGUUUUUGACGAGUUGGAAGAGAUUGGGAAAACCAUCCAGGAGGAGGUUUUAGAUGCUGGGAUGCCUGUCCAUGGAGAAAUGGGUGGUGACAUCAGCAAAUGCCCCUACUAUGCUGCCAAAAUGGCGGCUUCAGGUGGAACGACAUACGCGUGUCAAAUGGCCAUGGCCAUGCUCCGACACCCAACAGGACAAGUUCUGUUUGCUACUUGGUUUGCUGUCCUGGCUGGACUGGCUGCCUGGUAUCUGAUGUGAUCCAACCUUCAGCGUGUCAUUUUUACGCUUUAGGAUGGACAGUAAGGAGACGUGGAGCAUUUCAUUGUUUCAUCGCAACAUUCUUUACAGGUCCAAGUUUAUUUAAUGUUGCACAUUGAUCACGAUGGAAGCUGAUAGCAAAUGUGCUUGGAUCUGUUUCUUGCCAACGGCAAUUCCAGUGAGAUGAUCUAUAGGACCAUUAGCACGCCAUCCUCAUUCAUUCACCCAGCCAUCAACAUUCACUUUGUUAGAAUUCAGUCUCCACUCUGUGUUGUUUCUCUACCUCUUUUGCAACAUCCCUCCAUUUUGUGUCCUCCCAGAGUGUUUGGUUGCACCUCAGCACCUUCUGCAGGUGUAGGCUUAUGAGUGUUUGAGCAUAGUGUGUGACUUUUUUUUUGAUGCAACUGAAUUAUAGCUUGGCUAUACUAUUGACAUGAUGCAUGUAGUAUCGAAAACAUAUAAACGGUGACCAUAGCAAAAAAAAGUAUGAAUAAAUAUGAAACACUAUGCAGAGGCUAUGCAUAGAAUAACUCAAUAGGUCAAUAGGGUUUUUUUGCCAGGCAGAUUGCAGUGUUGAUUUCUAAUGAGAUAAUAAGAUAAAGUUCUGUACUAUGGUGGUAAGGAUAGUGGUACCACCAAGGAGGUAAUAGUUUUGGCCAUGUUUGUUUGUGUGUGAGCAGCACAUAAAUAAUUCCAUUUUCUUGGAAUAUCGGGUCAUGGUCCAAGGAAAAAAAUUAGAUUUUGCUGAUGAUAUGGAUCUGAAUUUGGGGGAUUAUUGACACUGUGGGAAACUGAGGGACCUUGUCAGAGGUUGGAGCUCUCUGAGUGCUUUCUGUAGUUUAUAAUAUCAACAGUGUCUACAUACAGUAUAUAAUAUUUGAUUUCUACACACUGAUUGCAGCACCGAACAUGUGCUUAACACACGUGUUUAAAGAGAAAGCUGCGGUUAAAAUCGUUAAAGAAUCCAUGAUCACAUUUCAUACAUCAUACUCAUACUUAGAAAAGGAACUGAAAACAACCUUUUAUUAUUAACUCUACAGCUUGCCUACACUUUAACAAGUGUAUGAUUAUUAAUAAGAAUAUUUCACAUAAUGUGAACGUCUAUUGAUGCAUGGUGAUAAAAAGAAAAAGCAAUUUCUCUGCUCCAGAAUGAUGUGACUCCUUGAUGCUUCAGUUGUACCUGCAGUAGGAGCCUAUAUAACUAUAUUAGCGGAGGUAAUUGCCUCAGUUAUUUAAGGUAAUUGACUUUUUAUACCAGUCAUAAUUUAUCUCCAUCGUAGAAAUAGACAUGUUCAUGGACAUGUAAUGGAGCUUUCAGCAGCUCAGCUCGUGUGUGCAUCCAUUUGCACAAUAACCAUACUGUUUUCUGCUCAUACUGUAAAUUGGAAUAUUUUCUCAGAUUCGAUUUUUUUUUUUUUUUUUUUUAAAACAAGAAGGAAAUUGACACAGUCAAGGUUUUGACUUUCUAAGUGCUUUUCUUGGACGUGCUGGACACAGAGUACCAAAGGAAAUAUGCUUUUCUUUUUUGCACCAGGUUCCUGUGUUGUGUGCAUUGCACAACACCGUGAACACGUACUGCCACAUGCACGUGCAGUACUCCCUCUUCUCAGCACAGCUCAUUCAGGGUCAGCUCCACAAGUAGUGAAGCAGUUAAAUCACAGCCAUGAAACGAUGACGACGAAGUGUUAUGUGUCCUAGAGUCUCAGGUUAAUGUUGCAGAAUGACGGCAACGUGACGCGUUGUGAAUGGAGGACUAACACAAGGACUGCCCGAUUCUCCCCUGUAGUGUCUGUACUUUAGUUUUCAUGAUGCCAGUGUUUGUUUGAAAGAGUGUUGAGUGUGUUUGGACAUAUUGAAAAGACACUUACUUGAAUCUUGGUAGAAAGGUAGUUCAUGCUCAUUUUGAAGUCUCUUGCAUUUCCUUUAACCCGUGUUCUGAUCACUUUUGUGUAUUCAACUAAACAAAGCUUUAUAAGUGACCGGUUAGACGACGACUCUUUGUAUGAAGGUGAAAGUCCAGUAGUCUGUUGUGCUGCCAAUAGUGGAAUAAAAAAUGUGGACCGUUCUUGUUGAAAUAAAGUAAUUUAAAUGGACUGGCGUUUAUAAUUACAUUGAAUACGUGAUGCAUAUUACAUACCUCAUGUUCCUAUAACGCACCAUGGACAUGGAACAACAUUCAAAAAGAGCUAGUUUCACUCAUAUCUCUCAGCAAACUUCAGAGAAUCAUAUGUUGUAUUGUGUUUUAAUAUUGUUUUUGUGAUUUUGUAUGGCUGCUACCUUGGUCAGGUCUCUUUUAUAAGAGAUUUUUUCUUCUUUUU